ACUGCUUAACUACGACACCUACAUUAUAUUCUUGUCCUGAUAGUUUACAAGUUCCUGAAGAAUGUGAUAAAUGUGAACAAACCACAACAACAACUUGCACACCUACUACAACAGUGUGUGCUCCUCCUCCUGAAGAUAUUUGUUGUGGUUCUAGUGGUCCUGCGAGAAAUGGUUCACUUGCAUUUACUAGUUUUUCUCCACCACCUUAUAAAUUUAUUAAUGGGACUACUCCAGAAACCUGUUGUCAAUCAUGUUACGCGGAUCCUAAUUGUAUUACAUAUUCUCUUGUUUUUUCAAAUGGACUUUGCUUUUUUUAUGGAGGGUCAACCGUUAACUGUAGCAUUAUAGACUACAUUUCAUCUUCAGAGUCAGCGGUUGGAACUGUAGGAUGUGGUUUUUGUAGAGCAUAA